UAUAGAUUCGGGUCCAGUCUUGUCCCUUCCUUUAACCUGUCAACUCUGGAUCUUAAUUAUAAGGAUGAGUAACUGCACGAAUGACUUUUGUCGACUGUACCCGCAUCUUUUCAAUGAGAGCAGUAGAUACACAGAACACGAACUGAAGGUAGACGAAUGGGCAUUCAUGGGCAGUCCGUACCCAGUACUAGGCCUGGUGGGUGCCUACCUUUAUUUCGUCCUCAGUUUGGGCCCUCGCUACAUGGCCACCCAGAAGCCGUAUGAGAUCCGAAACCUUAUGAUGGCUUACAACAUAUUCCAGGUCGUCUACAAUGCCAGGAUAUUCCUUCAGUUGUUCAUGGUGGAAGGAGCUCUAUGGUACCUGUCUAAUCAUACGUGCCAUCCGAUGCCUGCCACGAUCAACCCGCUUAAAUACGUGUUCUUCUCCAAUUCUUGGUAUUAUUUCAUAUCAAAGAUCACUGACUUACUUGACACGGUGUUCUUCGUUGUAAGGCGGAAGCAGUCACACGUCACAUUUCUGCAUGUGUACCACCACACAGUCAUGGUGCUAUCGACUUGGAUAUUUCUAAAAUAUGUUAGAGGCGAACAAGUGGUUGCAGUUGGCCUAGUAAAUUCAUUCGUGCACGUGUGCAUGUACAGUUACUACUUCCUGUCGUCCCUCGGCCCCUCAGUCCAGGCCUACUUGUGGUGGAAACCCUACAUAACGAGACUUCAGCUUGCCCAGUUCGUGUUUGUGGUGACGUUUCUACUGAGCCUUAUGUUCCGAGACUGUGACAUUCCGCAGUUUUUCGUCACGUACAUGACUCUCAACGCCAUCGUCUUCCUCUAUCUCUUUACUAAGUUCUACAUCAAUGCUUACACAAAGAAGAAAAUUACAUGAUAACUUUAAUUCUGUUACCACAGAUAGAUAUAUAAUCGUAUAUAUUUGUACAGGAAUAUGCCAAUAUACUGUAUAUGGCACUACUUAGUUGUAUAGACAGUAAUUUCUAUAUUAAGAAUUAUUCCCACGUAAGAUACUUUAUUUAGAUUCUAUUUAUUAUAACUAUUUGUUAUGUUCGUUAUCAUUUUUAUGAUGAUAAAUAUUUACAGAUAAACAAUAAAAAGUUUACCAUUAGUAUAAUACGAAAAUAUUGUUGCAUCAGAGUAGGUUUAAUAAAUAGUUUGAUUUGAUGUUUAUUUGUAAAUAUAGAGUUAGGUUUUAUAAUACAUUAAUUAUACUUUAUUUAAAAGUUAGUAAUCAUUGGACUAAUAUUGGAUUUAUACACGCAUCACUAUCUUUACAGAAAUUCAAUAAUAUAGUGUACAUACAUGUAAACGUUAAUGAGUAUUUUUAUAUGUGAACAUAAGAUUCCAAUAUGAAGAGUGUGUGAACUAGUUUAAAGUAAGUACCUUUAUAUUUGUUACGUUGCAUUAUAUCAAAUACAUUUUUUGUGAUGUUAGUAUCCAUGUGUUAAAACUAUUGUAUGGGACUGCUAUUUAGGAAUCCUGUAUGUAUAGUAAUAUAUCUAUAAUUACCUCUGUUACUAUGUCAAAUGUUACAACAUGGCAUGAUUGUAUUGCUCUUAUGAAGAUGUAUUUAUUCUGGGAUUUUAGCGAUGCCUUUAUGUGUACAGAUGUAAACAGUUACCAAAUGCUACGGAUUGAUAAGCACCAUAAUCGAACUAGAUGUUAACAGUGAAACGUGAUGUAAAACUUAAAAUCUUCAAGUCAAUUUGAGUUGAAGAUAUUAUUCGGACAGACAUUCAGAAAUACAAAUUUUUCAGCACCUCAAAUGAUAAGCUUCGCUAACGCUCCGUCAAUCAUACUUAGAAAUAUUAUUCUUCUGUUAUUCAGGGAACUACUUUGCCAGUCUACCCACUACUAGUUCCCGAGGCUAAAAUGUUUUAUAUAAAUUUAUAAAUUGGUAAGUUUCCUGUUACUAAAUCUUUUAAUAUGAUUGGUUCAAACCAUCAAUCUUCACAAAUCUCAAGGUCAAUUUAAUGUAAAGAUGUUUAACUUCAAAAGAACAUUCUCAUCCGGAUAAACGAAAUUCAUAUCAUAGACUGGGUAAACCUAGCUGGGGAAAAAUCCUGAUCUGCAAAGAAGACAAUUUUAGACAUCAAAAGGAUCCUUUAGGUGAGUAAUGUGUAAUUCAGAAGCCGAUAAAAGUGAAAUCUGGGUCUCACAUUGUCGGCAGAAUCAUAACUCGACUCAGACUCUAUGAAUGAAUAUCUGAGGCGUUAGGCGGCAUGAAUAAAACAUUUGCGGCUGUGCGCAGAAUACCAAACAGCUGAUGGAGCUUCUAAGAUGUCCGCGAGAUGGGGUUGGGGUCAUGUCGAGGGUUAUUGAGAGUUAUGUUAUCCUUUAGUUCACAUACUUAUAUUUCUCUUUCUGCAUAAGUGCUUUUGUUAGUCAUUUUAACGCCUUACUUGCAACAAUUAUUUAUGAUUGGAGAUUUCUUGCGUACCUUAUUGAUAUGUUUUGGCUUGAAUAUUACUAUUGUAACAGUGUUUGUUAAUGUUUCUCAUUGAAUGCAGUUUUGAGCUCACGUAGAUGUUGCUUUAUUUUAUUUCAAAUGAUAUCAAUAGCUUAAGAAAUAGCUUGCCCUAAUGCCAUUUGUGUCAAAAAUACUGAUGGAAAGCUGUUAUAUAAUUAUAAAAUUUAAUAUUAUACCUUUUUUGUCUUAAAAUAGUGGUUUCAUUAUUAAAUAGUUUAUGAAGCAUUAAUUAUGUAUGUACCUGGAUUUAACUCCUAUUCGAUAGGGGGUGUGGAAGUGGAAGAGAGCUUACAGAGUUCGUAAAUCUUAAUUUUAAAACAGUAACAUAUAUUUUUAGUUUCAUAAUUAAAUAAUUAAUGAAGCAUGAGUGAUGUAUGACGCUGGAUUCUACUCCUAUACGAUAGCUGGUGUACAAAUGUUUAAAAGAACAGGUAAAUACCAACCUGUAUAUACCUUAUCAACCAACUUGCUUUUUAUAAAGUUAUUCCAACAUUCUGUUAAAUGUUUAUUGUGAAGCGAUAACGUGUAAACUGUAUCGUGAUAUCACGCGUCAAAACAUUCCACAGUUCUGCUAAGCAGAUCGUUGUAAGAAUCUGAAAAUUUAGGGAUUUAGAGAGUCCAGGUUCCGAGAUCCAAUUUAAAUUUGAUAAUAACAACUUAGAUUUUCGUAACAUCGAUAGAUAAAUUUACACCUAUCGUUAGCAGAGAUACUUUAGGUGGUAGUCGAAAAGGUUGGAUAUCGAAUGAUUUUAAUAUAUUUAACUUUAGUUUUAGCUAUUUUCUCAGAUAAAAUAUUUAAGGGUGUAGACAUUUCCUUCACGUGCGUAAGUUAAAGGUAUAUUACAUUCAUAUAUCCAAAUAUAGCCUGGGUAUUAGGCUGGGAUUUCGAACUUCAAUGUCUCCACUUGAAGAAUCACCUUGAUAUCUAUAAAUAUUUCAAUACCCUUACUUUAGAACCCCAAAAAACAUUAUCUACACUGUAACUAGGUCAAGAAAUAUUUUACACAAUAAGGUAGAAUUUGAGUAAAACAUGGGUAGUUCCAAUGGAACAAAACUGUUACUGAAAAUUAAAUAUUCAAUUGUGUUUUUUUUUUAAUUAAUCUAAAUAACAUGUAGUUAAAAGUUCUGUAUUUGUUGACUGGUGUUAUCCACAAUGGGUAGCUCGUUAUUUUCUGCUUGCACAGUCGCGUCAGCAGUGAUGUACCUCUGACAAGGAUGAAUCGGCUGGAAAUUGGUGACAAGUUCCGAUUCAAAAGUGGCUGCCAUUGUAAGGUUUGUUUUGGGGAUGAGGCACUUUCAACUACCACUCUUAUUACGCAGAGUUGUUCGAUUGCAGAGUUGAGUUGAUUGGGAUUCAGUUAAUGAGGCUAAACUGUAACAGUGGAAAGAAGUGUGAUGCUGGUUCAUUACUGUAUCGAGCCCAUUCAAAUUUAAAUUAGAAAGUUUAAAUAAAUGUAUUAAAAUUUUUGUUUCAAGAUUGAAAAUCAAAUAUAAGUUUCUGUUUACGAAACAAACAAUCUGGAGCUCAGUACAGUUUGUAAAAAUUUGAAACGGUUUCUGGUAAAUAUUUAAUGACAGGUAACAUCUUUGACAUGUGUCUAUACAAUUUCACUGCUCAAUAUUUUACAACAUUUAUAAAUUAUCUUAUUUUUGUUUGUUCUUUUAGGACAAGAAUCUUAUUAAUUGCACCUAGUUCUAUUCUUAUUAAUUCCCCUAUUUACAAACCUUUUUAAUUCAAAAAUAUUAACAAUGAGAAAUUUUAAUUUUAUACACGUACAGUAUUGUGUUAAUACUGACCUGUCCACAAAUCAUGUUUUAUAGUUCAGGGAACAUUUUAUUUAAAUUUCAAAUUUUCGGGGUAAAACAAAGGCUUAGCUUUAGUAAAUAAAACUAUCAAAUAACAGACAGGCUAGAAAGAAGACUUACAUCAUUACCAUUAGUUUCCUAUGAAGUCAAAUUUUCAGGAUAAGUUCAGGUAUGUAUGUCAGUUUACCUAAACCAAUCCAUUAUAUGUGUAGCUUAUUGAAAAAUGUCAUAUGAUUUUCUUUCAGGGAAUACUCAGUUAUUUUACAAAUUUCAAUAUUUUGAGUUUUAUUUACAAUAUUACAGUAGGCUAUAAAGUUGAAAUUGUUUCACAAAGGUGCUUUAAAUCUAAUAGAAUGUUUAUUUUGAGCAGACAAGAAAGCGAACUAAUAACACUGUUUGAAUGUAAUCCUUUGUUGCAACAAUCUAGAUUAACGAAUACCCUGUUUUAGAUCCAUCGAAAUACAUGACAUGCCAUUAUUUCUGUAGGUAUAAAGUAAGGAAAUAGCAUUAUUUGACCGAUGCAGGAAUGUUCCAGAGUUUAUAUUUUUCGUAUACAAAUUAUAUUAUAUAAGAAGAUGUUAAUGAAAACAAAUGAAAUAAAAUUUAAAAUUUUUAUUGAAAUUUUUAUAACUUUCCAAAUUGCAUUUCGUUCUUAAUCAUAUGCCGUUUAAAAAAACUCGUGUCGUUAUUAAUAACAGCAAC